AACGAAAUGAAACAAAAUAUGCCUGUGUUUGAUGUGCAUGCCAUUGUUAAAAUUGAUCGUGUGCCGCUAAAAAGGCCACACAAUAUGUCAGACCGUAAAGCUGUAAUCAAAAAUGCCGAUAUGUCGGAGGAAAUGCAACAAGAUGCUGUUGAUUGUGCAACUCAAGCACUAGAGAAAUAUAAUAUUGAGAAGGAUAUUGCAGCAUUUAUUAAAAAAGAAUUUGACAAGAAAUACAACCCGACGUGGCAUUGUAUUGUUGGACGGAACUUUGGCAGCUAUGUGACACACGAAACAAGACAUUUCAUUUACUUUUACUUAGGUCAGGUAGCAAUUCUUCUAUUCAAGAGUGGAUAA